AUGACAUCAGAUCAUUCAGCAAGUCUCCAUGAAAAAGCUUUAGCGGCACUGGCCAGAUUGAGGAGUGGAGACCCGCCUCGAAACCCAUCCAAACGCACACCUGACCGUUCUUCUACGAGCAACACAGCCGAUCGCCUCGAGAAAGCUUUAAAGGAGGCUGGUUUCCAAUCUUGGGGCUUUCCUAUCUAUCGAUGCACAUACCAAAGUGAUUUUGACUGGGCAGAGUUCCUUCGUCGCUACCAGUGGCAUGUCGCCGACUCUCUUAAGCACGUGAACGGUCUUGACCUCCUUGAGAGUUUUAAGAUGACCGUUUUUGAGAAUCAAGCACUAUUCGAAGGUGUAGGUGUAAGCACAGGCUCAACUACGAUCCGGGAACAUUUCCAGCAAUGGGCAACAAUUGCUAUUCAGGAAGAGCAGGGCGUUUCGCCUGAUAUGCUUGUUUUCGCCAACGUUGAAGCGGCGCGCUAUAGGUUCUGUCUCUUUGUUAACGAAGAGUCAUUACAAAGUGUUCUCCAAGCACCUCUUGAGGACUGCUUCAAUAAAAAUGCUUUCGUUAAUAUGCUCAAUGGGUGGUGGAAAGCAGAGUCACUUGACGACCACGAUCCCGAAGAUUUAGAAGACGAUGAGUUGGAGGCUAUACGUCUGGAGCUCAAUAGUUACAAUCCUAUCGAAGGAUAUACUGUGAAGGACGUUGGGUGGAUGAAAGUUGCUCUCUGUGGCGCCGGGCUGGAGGGAUUUUCUAAGAUGGGCGAGCAUGGUGAAUGGGAUAGAUAUUACGAGCGUCCUUCUGAAAUUUGUCACUACUUGUAG